AUGGCAACCAACAAUUUCCAUCAACCGCCCAAAAACGAAGAAGGCGCCUUCUGCGCCGGCGGUCCCACGCCAACCUUCAACCCACCCCAAACCCCAACAACAGCAAACUACCGCCUCAACCACCUCGCAAUCCGAAUAAAAGAUCCAACCCGCUCUCUCCGUUUCUACGUCGACCUCCUCGGCAUGCGCGUCGUGUUCUCUAUGAAUGCAGGCCCAUUCACGAUAUACUAUCUCGGCCACCCGCCGCCCGGAACGGAGGAUUUGGAUAGUUGGGCUAAAGAGACGAGUGAGAUCCCGGUUAUGACGCGGACGAGUGGGUUAUUGGAAUUGUACCAUAUGCACGGGACGGAGUCGAAAGGAGAUGGUAAUGGCAAUGAGGAUGGUGGUCAAAUAUCCAGUGGCAAUGUGCCGCCCAAUCUAGGCUUUGCGCAUUUGGGAUUCACGGUGCCGGAUGUACCUGUUGCGGUGGAGAGAUUGAAGAGUGCGGGGGUGACGGUUCUUAAAGAUGUGGGUGUUUGUGAGAGGGGGCAUGUUCCUUUGUCAGAGUGGGAGGCUGAGAGGGGCGUGGGUGUUGGGGAGAUUCAUCCUAAUUAUGCUUGGUUUUUUGAGAAAUUUGCCAUGGUGGCUGAUCCGGAUGGAUAUUCUGUCGAGUUAAUCCCGCAGAAUAUUUGA